AUGUCUCCACUUACGAUUCUUGCUGUCAUCGCUUUCGCGUGUAAUGCACUUGGAAGUAGUAUUAGACACAGCUCUUCUGCUGCGGACUCAAAGGCCGCGCAGAGUGGUUAUGGUGGAGCUGUCAUAGCUGCUCCAGUGGCAGCUACAGGCUAUGAACUUGGCUCUGCUGCUGAUGCCAUUUCGGGCGGAUCCGGAGUAAUUGUGGAUAGUGGAGCAGGAUUAGCUACAGGAGCUGGUGUUGGCAGCAGUGCUCCAUUGAAUAAUGCUGCUGCAGUUGGUGCUGCUCAGCUAAGUGCUAUUCAUAAUGCUCAAGCGGUACAAGCUACUCAAAUUGCCAAUGCCGCUGCUGCCGCUAUUCAAGGUGCCCGUGUUGCCGAAGUUGCUGCAAGAGCCGGACAAGCUAAUGCUAUCCAAAGAGCUCAGGCAUUAGAUGCUGCUCGUAUUGCAAAUAUUCAGAGAGCUCGUGCUGCUGCCUAUGAAAACGCUCGUGCUGCUGAGGCUGCCAGACGGGCUGCUGCAGCCGCAGCUGUUGAAGUUGCUCGUGCUAUUGAAGCUGAACGCAUCGCUAAUGCUGCACGUGUACAUGCCGUCGCUAUUGCAAAUGCGCGUGCGGUAGAAGCAGCUCGUAUCGCUAACGCUGCAAGAUCUCAAGCUGCCGCUGUCGCCUCAAGUGCCGCUCAGGCUCAGGCUGUUGCUGACGCUGUUGCAAGAAAUGCACAGGAUGGUGCCUUAUUGCUAGGAGGGGGUUUCGCUAAUGGAGGGGGUGCCGUAGUGGCGGCCGCUCCCGUCGCUGUAGCUCCAGUCGCUACCGCAGAAGUAGCUUUUGGAGGAUAUAAUCUCGGUGGUUAUGGAAAUUAUGGUUAUGCCGGAAAAGGACACCACUAAUCGUAAUUCGAUUUCUAUAUCCAUUUCAUUACUGAAAAAAAUCGUAUGAAGUGUAUUAAAUAAUUAAGAUACUUGUUUGUAAAUAUAAAUACCUUGGUCAAU